AAAAGCUAGGCGAAAAAGGAUUUACUUUGCACACACAACCAUGGCGAGGGGGAUUUUUGUCGUAACGUUCCUUUUGGUGAUAUUUCACCUAGUUUUUGCUCAAGAAUGCCCUAGUGGAACGCCAGAUGGAUGUCAAUGUCAAAAUCGUAUUUUCAAUUGCUCCGGAUUGAAUCUUAACACCAUUCCAGCAGUAUCCCUCCAAAACUUCGACGUCUUUGAUUUUUCUUACAAUAGCCUUCAGGAAAUAACAUCAAACACAUUUACAAAUGUACCUUUGCAAAGAAUAAUUUUAAAGAACAAUUUGAUCACAAUGAUUCAGCCUGGGGCAUUUGAUGAUCUCAAUCAGUUAACAUCAAUAAACUUUGAGCAGAACAGUCUUUCCACCCUCGAUCAGACUGGUUUCAAUUUGGUGUCUGGUCUAACUGAGCUGUUGUUGAAUGGUAAUCCAUUUGAUUGUAGUAAUGCGGCGAAUGCUUGGUUAAAAGGUUGGUUGGCAUCAUCGAGUGAUAGCCCUGUUCUCACUGGUGAAUGCUCAGGUACUCCUGGAACAAUAUUUGAAGCUAUAGAUGCAUUAGCAGAGCCGGCCUCUGCCUUGUUUUCGUUUGAACAACUUGAUUACAGAGUAGCAGAGGAUGCUGGGGUUGCAGAAGUUGUGGUUACUAGAACUGGUAUAGUGGGGACAAUCGUGCAGUUCGAUGUGACAGUUACCAGUGGCACAGCAUUAGAAGGACAGGAUUUUGCCCCUACUGCGGGUAGCACACACACCAUGCUAGAGGGUCAAACCAGAGUGGGUAUUGAUAUCCUCCUCAUUGAUGACCCUAUCAUAGAGACUGAUGAAUCCUUCACGGUAUCCAUAACUAUCGAGUCGCGUGGAGAAGCUAACAUGGGAACCGUCGUAGAUGGCACCACACGAGUUACCAUACAGGAUAAUGAUAGUCCAGUUCCAACCAUGGUGUCAACGACAGCUUCAACAAUCCCUAGUCCCACAGCAUCUACCCAGGCUCAAGAUGAAACUACUAACCCGGUGGCAAUGAUGACUACAGCCGGUCAAUCACCACAACCUACUACCAACGCAGUCAAAUCAGAUGUGGCAGCCAUUGUGGUACCUAUUGUUCUGAUCGUCGUGAUAGUGGCGGUUAUAGUCGGGUAUUUGUGGUAUCGACGCGCUCGGAACACAAAAGCAACCAAUUCCGGGCCAUGAUCGGUGAUUGUACUUUCGGUGUUUGGAAGCUGGUCUCAUUAUUUUUUUUUAAUAUGCCAACACUAGCUGACAUCACCAAACUUGAAACAAAAUUGGUGGUGGGACAUAUGUAUGACAUACAUGAAAUAAUCCUUGUAUUAAGAAGUUUUUAUUAAAGACUAGUGUUGAAGGUUUCAAACUUAGUGUAGUGGUAAUUUCUCAUUUAACAAUACUAGCCAAAGUACUCGGGCUGGAGGACUUUUAACUAAGUUUGUUUAUAUGUUUGUGAAUCUCAUGACCAUACACCUAGUGGAAAUGUCACAUUAAUAUCCUUUUUUUUUUGCAUCAAAACUAUUGCAAAUUUUCUGAAAAUUAUUCAUGCUCUAAAUAUUUUUUUAAAGACUUAUAAUAGUUUUUCUUCAUUCCUCUGCAAUUUGUGUAUGAUCAUAUUGGUGCUAUAUCUCAUUUAUUUUGCUUUUGCCAUGUUAUACCUUUUGCAGUGGGUAAUUUCAAGUUCGGUGUUGAUAUUGGUGUGGUGUUGAAAGCACUAUUUAGAUUGCCUUUUCUAGCUCCAACACCUCCUCUGAGUUAACAAAAAUAAUCCAACUCACGUUCCUUUUGAUAGCUCAACUCUUAAAAAGAUUUGUCAUAAGACCAAUAUCAUCGUUGAAGUUUGGUGUUGUACCGACAGAAUCAUCAAAACGUCAACACAGAACUUAACAUCACCCAAUUAACUUUGAAAUGUUUUCACAUGAAGGUGUGAAGUCACUCAGUUUCAAGCCAUCAAAAGCCAUCAAUAUUUAUUUGUGUAUUAGUGUUGUUGCACUUUAAAAGGCUACUCCAGGCGGGUAAUAAAACUAGGCCUAAUAUGAUUCGAACAGACAAAGUAAGUUCAGGCAAACGAAACAUUGACAUUUUUAUCAAAAUUGGACAAGGAAUAACAAAGUUAUGACAAAUUAAAGUUUUGCAUCA